CAAGUCGAGCAGUCAGCAUGGAUCAAGACAUGGUGGGAUACAUUGUUCUUCUGGUGAUUGUCACCCUCCUAAGUGUUGUCCAAAAUGCCUUUUUUGCAAGCAAAGUCGAACAGGAAAGCAAAAACAAUGCGGGCAAAACAAUUCACAGGUGUGGUUCAACUGCCUUUGACCGUGUCUUUACCGCCAACCAAAAUUGUAGAGAUGCCUAUCCUACGUUUCUUGCUGUGCUUUGGUGUGCCGGCCUGCUGUGCAGCCAAGCUCCUGCUGCCUUUGCUGGGCUGAUGUAUUUGUUUGUGAGACAAAAGUAUUUUGUCGGCUACAUGGGGGAAAGGACUCAGAGCACUCCUGGUUACAUCUUUGGAAAACGCAUCAUAUUUUUUCUGUUCCUGAUGUCUGUGGCUGGAGUCCUCAAUUAUUAUCUGGGUGUCUUCUUUGGAAGUGACUUUCAAAUGCAUAUAAAAACUGUAACCAAUACUAUCUCUCCACUGUUGCUCAUUCCUUAAAUCUUUGUAGAAUUGGAGAUGAGAGAGGAUAGAGGAGAUUUUUGUAUAGCCAAUCAAUAUCUAGAAGAAAAAGUUUGAAAUGGAUGCACAAAGCUCCUUUUAGUUUGCCAUAAAUCUAAUGCUCCUAGAGUCAUGUAGUUUUGAUUUAACACAGCUUUUUUUAUCCUACAAGAAAGUGAUUUAUUGCACACAACUAGCAGAUUUGUGGUUGGAGAAGAAUAAUUUCCUGCCAAUUACAGAACCCACCAUGGGUUCAGUCACUGUAGUUUGCAAGGAGGUUUAGUGUUUGCUUUGUUUUGUUUUGUUUUUAUUUUUAUUUUCUUUACUUUUAAGAUAAGGUACAAAGAAACAAGUGUCUGAUGUUAUAUCAAAGUGUCCAUUAAUUUUAUAUAUCUAUGAUUGCCAAUCAAAUUCAGAUUGUUCUUCAGAGUAUAGAUUCAAUCACUUGGUAGUUAUUAUCCUCAGCCCAUGAGUUUAAUAUAAUAAUAAAAUAGAAAGUAUGCCUUUACCUGGAUUGUUUUGUAUCUUGCUGGCAUUUAAAAUAAAGUUGUUC